CGCAACUACGCCAUGCUGGGUGGUUGAGCAUAUGUGGAGUGUGUAUAGUUGAUCCCGGCCUUUCUGGACAUUGUUUUGGAACAUGUCGACUACAUAAAUAUCAGGAGAGGUAACUCUAAUCUGAUAUGUCUAGAAAGAUAUUCGCCAGAAUGAUCGGCAAUGGAUACCGUGGAUUAUGCUGACACCAAUCAAGUUUGAGAGAACUGCCAGGUCUAUAGGAAGAGAAUGCGACAUUUGUCAAGCCGGAUACUACUGUUGCUGUCCCUGUUUACACUAUGUACACAUAACGAGGUAACGGUGGAAACAUGCAUCGGUGAAACUGCUUCUUUUCAGUGGGAUUACAAAGUACCUCCCUUCUAUGCAGUUGAGUGGUAUUUUGGAAAGACACAAAUAGCAGAGGCAUUUGAUGAACAUCUUUCACAGGAAUCCCUCCGUAUCCACGACAACUACAAAUCCCGUUUUGUGCUGUUAGAAAAAGACAAAGUUGGAUUCAAUCUAACAAAUGUGAAUAAAGACGACGACGGGGAUUACAAGUGUAUUCUGAUCGUGCAACGCACCAGCAUCCCCGUGGAGAAGAAAUGGACGUUAAACGUUACAGGUUGGAACACACAUAGCACCUCGACCUCCAGACCAGGUGAAGGAACGACAACACCCAAGCCCACACCGGCAGAGGAUCAUAAUACCUUAGCUAUUGUGUUGGGAGUUCUUAUUCCUUGCCUAGCUAUUGGAUUAUUUGGAGUGUUUGGAUUAUGGAGAUGGAGGAGAAAUAGGUCACCAGAAGAAGGAGUUCCCACUGAAGCAGGCACACCAAUGACAUCAGUCAAUACCUGACAAAGGGAUGAGAAGCUGAAUCUGAAGAAAGAGGCUAAAUAGAUAUUUGAAUUUGUCUGCAUUAUAAUUUUUUGAAAGGAUAGUUCCUGUAGAUGUUUUCCUGAUGUGAUUAGCAUGUGGAAUUGCAUGGUUUAUCAUGUCCAAUAAUGUAAUGCCUCUGUAAUGUGUAUUUCUGAUGAGUGCAAGACUUUCUAUUUAUGUCAGUAUUUCCAGGUUAAUGUAUCAGAGUACAUGGGUCACAUUAGUUAUUUUAGUAUGUCCCAAUAAUACCACUGCCUCUCGUCUUGCUGACCCGUUCUUCGAAAGUUGUGUUACCCAUUGACGUUCUGUUUAGUCUUCGUCUGCUCUUAUGGGCUCAGUUUAUAAACCAAUUUUCAAUUUCUGAGUGAAAGGUCCUUUUAUCAGUGAGGAUUCGCUGUAUCUACAAGGUUUGUUUCUUGCUUCUAUAGAGGCUCGUCUCUUUUAUAGCAUGUUUACACAACUGUAACACACUUAACCCUGGCUCGGAGUAAAGCAUUAUUCGGUAAAAAUGACGAAAACUUACCGAGUCGUACCACCCUAUCAGUCCUAUUUGUCCGGGACGACGUGCUGGGGACCGUCUCCGUGGUGUAGUGGUUAGAGCAUCCGCCCGGAGUUAUAAUAUAGUUUAUAUUGAAUUA